UGUCUCUCUCUAUAAAACAUAAGCCUUUGAUCUUUCCUUAACAUGCAAUCAGUUUCUUUUCUUUCUAUUUACAGUUUACAAUCAUGGAUUCAAGAGUAGUUCCAAGUCAAGUGCAUGAGAACAAUGAAAAUCACCCUCAUGUUGCUUCACAACAAGUGACUCAUGGUGAAGAAGAACACCACUCUGAGAAUGAGAAGACGUCUGUUCUGAAUAAGGUCAAGGUAAAGGCUAGGAAAAUCAGGGACACGAUUAAGAAGCAUGGCCAGCAAGUCCUUGAUCAUGGUCAUGAGUCCAACAAUAAAGAUCAGCAUAUCCCUGAUGACCAUGAGUUGGAUGAAGAAAAAGAAAUAGUUGAAGACCCAGAAGUUCAAGCAGCACCAAAUUAUGAAAAUGAAGGUUUUAAAAGUACUACCCCUGCAUCUGAGCAAGUUGAAAAUUUUGGGAAGUCAGGAAGUGAUUUUGGGAGCACAACAGUUAUGGGAGAAGAACAACCCCAUCAAGAUCCAGUAGUUGUGGGCGUUUCUUCAACUGCUGAAAUGAAUCAAAACAUUGACACUGAACCAGUCAAAAAAAUUGCUGGGGAAGAAAAGCCAAUGGAUUUGGAGAGGCCAACAGUCUUGGAGGAUGAUCAUCACGCUCAAGGAAGUAGACCUGAGGCAUAUACUCUUCCCAGUUAUGAGACCAAUGUCACUGUUCCAAGUGGGGCAGGAAGUGAUGAAAUAGAAGACAUUAAAACUGUUGAAAAAUCUUUUGAGAGAAUGAAUGUCCAUGAUGAGCCAAAACCUACACCAGAGCCAAAAGUACUGCCAGAAAUUGCUGAUACUGAAUAUCCUCCUACUGGAAGUAAUGAUCAGUUUGAACCAAACCUAUCUGCUGCUACAGAAACCCACGAUCCUUCUGCUAGAACUCAUGAUCAGCUCUCUUCGGAGAAGAUAUCUACAAAUAUCAAUAGAAACCCGGAAAUUGAAGAACAAACUUUCAACACCAUCACAACCACACCUGAAGAACAACAAUCAGUGAAGACAAAAUCAAACCAUAACAGUUACACAGAUGAAAUCUCAUCGGCAACCGCUGAUAUAACUGUCUCUCCCGAGAUUUCUGAAGCUUCUGAUACUGCUGAAAUGAAUCAAAACAUUGCCACUGAACCAGUCAAAACAUUUGCUGGGGAAGAAAAGGCAAUUGAUUUGGAGAGGCCAAUAGUCUUGGAGGAUGAUCCUCAAGGAAGUAGACCUGAGGCAUAUACUCUUCCAAAUUAUCAAACCAAAGCAACUGAUCCAAGUGGGGCUGGGAGUGAUGAAAUAGAAGACAUUAAAACUGUUGAGAAAUCUUUUGGGAGAAUGAAUGUCCAUGAUGAGCCAAAACCAACCCCAGAGCCAAAAGUUCUGCCUGAAAUUGCUGAUACUGAAUACCCUUCUACUGGAAGUAAUGAUCAGUUUAAAUUUGAACCACACCUCUCUGCUGCAACAGAAAUCCAGGAUCCUUCUGCUAGAACUCAUGAUCAGUUCUCUUCAGAGAAGAUAUUUUCAGAUAGCAAUAGAAACCCGGAAAUUGAAGAACAAACUGUCAACACCAUCACAACCACAGCUGAAGAACCACAAUCAGUGAAGACAAAAUCAAACCAUAACAGUUACACAGAUGAAAUCUCAUCGGCAACCGCCGAUAUAACUGUCUCUCCCGAGAUUUCUGAAGCUUCUGAGAUUGGACAUGAUGAGAAAGGUGAUAGAAACGACAAGGUGAUGACUACCCUUGAAGAGCUGCAAAAGAGUGAGGAUGUUUCUGACCCCUCAGGAUCCACUGCAGAAAAUGGAAAGAGCAUUGCUCAGCCUCUGACAGAGAAAUCAGCUCCAGUUUAUGGGAAGGUAGCAGAGGUAGGAAGCACUGGUGGAGUUGGAACUGAAACAAAAAAUGGGGUUGAAGAUCAGAACAAUGGGGUUGCUUUAAAGGACUAUUUAGCUGAGAAGCUAAGGCCUGGUGAAGAAGACAAGGCACUUUCUGAGGUGAUUUCAGAAGCUUUAUAUAAGGGAAAAGAAGAGGAAGUGAAAAAAGAGCAAGGAAAUUUGGGUAGUGAAGAUGAGAAGUCAGAGAAAGUGUGUGAGGACAACAGCUAUGUGAAGAGUCCAGGAAAAGGUAUGGUUGAAACGGUUAAGGGUGUUGUUGGGUCUUGGUUUGCCAAAUCAGAGGAGACUCAAUCACCACAAGUUGCAGGUGCUGCUGAGGAUUUAUCAAAUGAUAAAGGUUCUGGUGCUGAAGAGGAACAUGUUAGCCAAGUUGUGGAUGAAAGAAGAACCCAGGAGUGAUCCAAUAGAACAAGUGGUCUCAAUAAAUUUCUCUAUAGAUAAAUAAUACAUUUAUCAAGUUGCUCUUGUUACUUGUAGUUAGAUAUUUGUCAGUGGUGGAUUCAUUUGGAAGUAAUUAUAUGUUUCUAUGAUUUUUGUUUUUGAAAACAUCAUGACUUUCUUAUAGGAGAAGGUUGGUAGUUUCAUGUCUUGUGCCAUGUAUUGUUGUGUCUUCUUGGAUUGCAAAGUAUGAUUGAGUUAUACACUAAGAGUCAGAGGGUGAGAGAUAAAUUUCCAUUGUAAUAUUUUUUUUUUGAAAUGAAAUGGUAAAUAUAUUAAGUAGAA